ACGUUGAUGGCGCCGUGUAUCUUUGACGAGUACGCAAAUGCUACACGAAAACGUUACAAGUUAGAUACUUGAUCGUUUCCAUCCUCAGUGAGUGAAUAUCGUCCUUGACAGUAAAAGGACAUUCGAUCAGAAAAAAAUAUUCGUUUUAGCAUCAACCGUAUUCUACUGAAAUGCCCACCAUCCUUUUUGUACUCGGCCUUCUGGCAGCUCUUGCCACAGCUCAAGGGACCAUGUACAUGCCUCCAAUUAAGGACGAACACCUGUUGACGGAGAUGCUGUUACGAGACUUGAUCGACCGGAUGGGAAACGAGUUGGCCGACGCCGCAGACUCUUAUUUCGAGUAUCAGGAUGGCUCGAGGGUGCCCAACGAUUAUGAAAAGGUCAAAGAAAUACCGGCGGAGUUGCCGAUCGAUUACGAGGGCAUCGAAACGCUGAAUCCCAACCCGAGCAUAAGAGAUCAAGAGUAUCUACGUCACAGUACUCUCAACGCUCAUCUCCAUCAGAACGAAAAUGGCAAAGGCAGUCACAGAAUUCAGCUCGCCGGCUUCAAGGGCGUCAAAGAUGACAAAACUGAAAAUAGUCUUCCGGCUUAUUGCACACCGCCGAAUCCCUGCCCGAUCGGCUACACGAGUGAGAAUCACUGUAUCGUUGAUUUCGAAAAUACUGCAGCUUUCAGUAGAAACUUUCAAGGUGCACAGGACUGUAUGUGCGACACGGAACACAUGGUCGAUUGUUCACAAAGUACCGCAAACGAGCCAGGUCUUUCGGGAGUUCGUUUGGCAAAGUCCGAUUUUGAUCAAAUUGUCGAACAAUUUCAGGACGCCAAUCCAUUUUUCAGCGGUGAGAAAUUGCCGAUAGCAGCGAAGAAAGGGAUACACGUUGUUUUCUAAAACAAAUUAAUCGCCAAAUCUAAACGUAUAUAUUUAUCAAAAACUCAUUUUACAGAAAACAAUUCGCUCUAACGAUUCCUUCUCACUCCUCUUCGAUGUUAGAUCAUAACCGAAAUUUCGAAAGGGUGAAAACCAAAAUAAAUCGCUCGUAAUUCUUCGAAAUUACUCAAUGUAUCAAAAAUAUCGUUAUUUAUAUGAAAACUAUGAAAACGACGAAUAAUUUUUAUUCCUCAAGUUUUUUUCCAUCGUUACACCAUAUUUCGAGUUUAAUUGUGUAACAAAACACGAAUCUAUUGAAAAUACUAUUGAUUUUUUUCAUUUUUUGAUGAAACCCCCUGUUGAAAAUACCAAUACGACUGCAUAGGGUGAACAGUGAAUAGAGAUUUUUUGAAAUAACUCGUUUUCUAAUGAUUAUUAUCUUUUUCUCAAACAUAAAGUAAAUAUUUUAUUUGUGUGUUAUUUAUGAUGAAUAUUUUUUUAAAAAAAUAUAUAUUUAUAAACAGAAUGUACGUGUCUUGUUGUUACGUUGAAAUAUAUGAAUUUUAUCACUGUAAAUCUCAACCAAGUAUUCAACAAUAAAAAUACAUAUAAUAAAUA